AUGCCCCAGCGGCGGAAAUCGGAAUCGCCCAACGCGAUUGAGGAGUGUUUGUUGAGGAGUUUUGAACCGCUUCUCUGUUGCAUCAUCUGCGCUGAGGUAUUCCACAAAGCAGUGAACGUCAUCCCAUGUGGUCAUAAUUUCAAUUUGAUCUGCCUUCUGCGGUCGGUGUGUUCGACGAAGACUACAAUCUGCCCUCAGUGUCGAGAACCGAUGCACGACAUUGGGCUGGCCUACACAAUCAAUUCAAUUGUAGAUGUGUUCCUUGAACUAUAUCCAGAUAGAAGACGCCCUUCCGACGAGCUCGAGGUGCUAGAUGUUAUGCUCAGAGAUGUCGUUAGUGAAGUUUCUCUCAUGUGA